CACAGACCUUUAAAAUUUAAAUCGUCGUCGGUUAGAGUCAGUUGGUCCAAGUGCACGGUUUAACGUGCAUGGUUGGAACUCGAUGUCGUUCAUUAUGUGAUGAAAUUAAGUUUAUAUGCGGAUUGCAACCUGUUAAUAUACGCUACAAUUUUUAUCUCGGGGACGAUAUAUUGUGUUCCGGUUCAAACACAUUAGUUGCAAUAUAUUUAAUGAAGAGAAAGUAGAAAUUAUUCGUUGCAGAAUGAGUGAUUCUGGAGAUAAUGUUAAGUACAAAUGGACCCCUGAAAGUACCUCGCUAUUGGUAUCGGUAUGGUCGGAUAGGCAAGUGCAAAAGCAACUCGAGUAUGCCCCGAAGCCGCAACCUGUUUGGGACAGUGUUGCCCGAUAUAUGAAAAAAAAGGGGUACAAUGUUUCGGGGAAACAAUGUCGGUCUCGAAUGAAACAGGUCUUGGUAUGUUACCGCGAAGCCAAAAGAGCUGGCACCCGCGCUGGUGUAGAGCAAUACUAUGACUCAAUUGACAGGGUUCUUAAAAAUAAGCGUAUCGAAGAGAACAAUGUUGUUGGCAUAGAUACUGUGGAUGCAACAGCGAAUGUUAAGUCUCCCCCGAAAGAAAUGAAGACAAAUAAAAAUUUGCAAAUGAGGCAUAAAUUUCAGGAGCCUGUACCAUCAUUGUAUCGCACGGAAGCGUUAUCACCUACAUGGACAUUAGGACGUAAGAAUUAUACUUAUUUAUCAAGUAACAUCCUAAACAUGUUAAAGAGAAUUCAACAUGUGGAUUAUUUUAUAGGUGAAAAUGAAUAUCCUGAUUCCCCUGAAUCUAAUGAAACUAUAAUAGCUCGUCCGCAUAGAGUCUUUUCUCCUACGAGGGAUGCAGCUAUUAAUACGGGUGAACAAUUAACUCGAAUAGCUGGUAAAUCAACGCAGUGCAAUAUUUUUCCAAUAAAUGAAGAACCAUUAAGCGUUAAUUAUAAACAAAAUUUAGUAUCGAAUUUUAAUUAUGGAGAAAUUCCAUUUCAAAAUGCGGUACAAAAUGUGCAAAAUCAAAUAAUCCAGGAAAAUAUGCAACAACAUCAGAAUCAACAACAGAAUCAUAUGUGCAAUGGGCAAAACGCGUUGAUAAAUAAUUUAAAUCUUCAGCAGAAUCUACAAAAUUUAAAUCAGGGUUUGACGCAAUCUGUAAAUUUGCCAAUGCAUGUUAAUUCAAUGGCAAUGCAAAAUCCUAACGUAGAGCAUAUAAUUCAACAGCAUCAUUUGCAGCAAGUAAGACAUGCAAAUAAUCGUGCAAUGCCUCAAGAACCACAGAAAAUUACAUUACAACAGACUUUGGUAGAUAUGUACAAACAGCAGUAUGGCGAUUUUCCAACUCAUAUGCCUGCUGAUGCAAAACAAAUUGGAUCUUUCUCUCCAGAUUAUUCACCAGAUGUAUCUCAAAAUUUAAAUGAUGCUUUUUGUCAAUCAAAAAGUGAUGACAAAACACCUGAUAUAAAUGGAGCUUACAGUAGAACUAUACAGGCAAUAAAUCCAUUAAGAAUGCAAAAUCCUGAGAUUUCUGUAAUUACGAAUAACGCAACAUAUAAUGAUGAUAGCUUGUUAGAAUUUCUGAUUGAAUCACCAACUCCAUCUGAAAAUGACAAUAAAUCAAAAGAUACUGCUGUUAAUACAGAUAAUGUUCCACAUGUGCCAUUAAGAAAAAAGAAAGCCGAAAAAUUAGAACAACUAAUGUUAAAUGCUAUUAAUUCUCAAAAUGAAGUUGUUAAUAAGAUCCUCGCUGCACAAAAUGAUAUGGUAACAAAAUUUUUAGAUAUAGAUAGAGAUCGCCAAAACAGACUUGAGAAUCGUUUAGAUGAUCUAUUAAAAGUUGUUCAUGCUUCUAUCCUUACAAAACAAACUUCAGAAACAGACAUUGAAAUACCUCCACCACCACCAGAACCUACAAUAACAUCCUUAGUACCUCCUCCAAGACCUGGUAUUGCACCUCCAAAGUUAGAUCUAGUUCCUCCAAAACCUUGUCGUGUACCUUGUACAAUGCCAAAUUCUAAUAUUGAAUUAAUUAAUCAAAAUACUGUGGUAACAAGACCAGGUGUGGUAUCACCGAUAACUAGUCCAGUAAAGAAACCUGGUACCAUAUGGUCAAAAUUGGGACCAGUAUCACAAUCUCCUUUUGUGAAAGCUCAGCAACGAUUAGGUUUACAAACUGUUACAUCUGCAGAAACUCGAACCCAAUCGUCUGCGGAAAGACGUAUAGCUAAGGAAAUGGAGAAAGCCAUGGACAUAGAGACUUUAAUAUUUGAGACUGAGAAAUUCUUAGAAAUAGAGAGAAGGCUAGAAGAAAAAAUAGAAAAUGCUCGUAUUGAAACAACAAUAAACCAGACUUUGCAUGCACGUAGAAAAUUAUUUACACAGAGAGAACCCACUCCAGCAAUGAUAUUAACCGCGGCAUUUUUAGAAAAUGAAUGCCACGCUGCGGGACAACUUAUGAAUUACCCUAAUAUGCCAAGCAUAAAUAAAAAGAAUUUGAAAGAUAUUGAUGAUGAUUUAUUAGCGGGUCAAGGUGAAAGCUAUGAACGUUUACGGCAAUUAAAUAUAAAACCCACUUACGUAGCUGGUGAACCUUGUGAUACAUCUACACCAGCAAAAAUAGGAACUAUGUCCAAUACUAAUGAAAGAACAUCUGUACAAACAUUACCUAAGCAGAAAAUUCAACAAUUAGCUCAGCUUGUAAUGAAUACAGGAAGAUGGAAAGAUGUUGGAAGACAAAGUCUUGCACAUCCAAUUCAAUCAAAUACUCAAAUGAAUACAAAGAAUACACAAAGUGUAUGUCCAGCUUUUUAUAACGAGGUCUUUACAACAGGACAAUGUAAAACCUUGCCCAAAGAAAAUGAAACUAAAAAUGGUCAAAAUUAUGUUCAAGACUGGGUGUUAAAUAAAUAUGAAGAUCCAAUAAAUGAAAAAUUAGCAACAUAUGAUCCCUCGCGCAAUAUAAUAAAUCAAAAACCUAACUUUCCUAUAGGUUUCACAAGACCAAGAACAAAUACUGAUAAUUUAAUACAAAGAGAUUCCAACACUGAGAUGAACAAGCAUCUUGAAUUUAAUGGCAAUGUUAUGUCAGAUCGUAAACAGAGUGUACGUUUUAUGGAUGAUGAUGCAUUGGCUGAAUUACAGCGUAUGUAUAUCGAAACAGUGUCUAAAGAACAACAAGCAAUGAAUGAUAGUAUGCCAUAUGUGUUGAGCAGUGUUAAUACGCUGCCAGUUGGAACUCAACAGAUGAUUGAAAAAUAUAUUCGUGAUAUAAUACCAAGAAAAUUAAAAGAAAAUAAAGAUAAAGACACUGAUUCUGAUAACGAUGAUGAAUUUUUAGAUACUACUACUAGUAUGCCUGCAAUUGUUCCACGGCGAAGUUCUCUUACAUCAACUGGUACUACAUCCACCGAAACUGCACAUUCUAUAAAAUUUUUAAAACCAGAUAAUUGCGUAAUAAGUUAAUUAUAAGGAUAAUAAUAUAUUUUGCUUUCAUUUUACAUAGAAAUAAUAUGAAAUGUCAAUAAACAUUUCUAACUAUUUUUAUAUU